CAUCUGAACGAGUACAUCAGAUUCAGAUUUCAUAAUUAGCAUGAAUUUACCUCAAGACAGCACAAUCACUUCGUUGAAGAACGUUCAAUAGUAAAUGGGUCCUCGGGUGGAGUAUAAUCUUCACGGAGAGCAGACAGUCUGUCAAUCAGGAUCCAGUUCAUGAUUGCAGGAGCCCUGGCAUCUGUGAAUUAUGCCCAGCACCGAUCCUGCAUUAUUUCGUCAUCUGAACCACCCUCUUCACCCUUUUCACCCUUCCUGAAUCUCGCGUCCCGAGGAUGCACGCAUGUUGGCCAAAGCGUAUGUAUGUAGUGAAAGUGCUCCCAUUUGCAGCUCACCCAAGGGUGCUGUGCCAGAAGGUGCAUGCACGUAAAUGGUCGGAGGAAACCCCGAAAUCAGACGAGCUCGGAUCGAAAAUCUCGAGCUGUUCCAGUUUAUCUGGCACGUGAUCCCCUCCAGCUUUUGCUGAUCAUCACAGGCUUCAUGGAUCAUGGCACCUUUUGAUCGGUUUGGCUGGUCUUGGAGGUGAUGGUGCUCGGGAAAAGCGACUGAUGCUUGCGCCUUUAGAUCUCGGCUUUCGUUCUUUGUCCUGUCCUGGAACAGGGAAGACUUUUAGCUGAGUACUCCUCGUUGUCCUAAUGUUGUUGUAGCAGGGUUUGUAGCAAAAUUUCACGAGCAGGAUCUUAAGAAUUCCAGUGCCAUCUUAUAAUCUGCAAAUGGAUGGUAACCGCGUAAAGAAUCCAGCCGUCAUACGGUUCAAUCACAGUCCAGGAGAGGAGAUAACUAAUGCGAGGGAGGUACUCACCGGUUGCUGUGUGAUUCCCAAGUUUCCAAGAAAUGUGGGACUACAUCUUGAUUACGUCGGCCAAUUGCCCUCUGUCGUUCCUCGGGGUCAUGUACGAGUGCGGCUUACGACGCGACCGAUACAGCAUGUGGAUAUGAAAAUAAUCCGUACUGGCGGGUACAAAGAGCUCAGAAGUCGAGAUUUCGUUACAAUUGGAGCUGAGGGUGUUGGAUUCAUUCAUGAGAUCGGGGAAGAUGUGAAAAGUGAUCUUCAUCGAAAUCAGAGAGUGAUGCCGGUUUUGUUUUGGGAUAACCUUCUGAAGAAAGGGAACGGAUCGUGGCAAUCUUAUGUCGAUGUAGCUGAGGAAAAUGUGUUUCCACUUCCAGAAGUUUCAAAAGAAUCAGCUGAUUACGUGCCAGAUGAAGUAGCAGCUCAGUUUGUGAUUACUGCGUGGACAGCUUUAGGUCUUUUCCAUACUGCAGUUGCUGGUAUACAAGAGGGCCGUUUUCUAUUGCUGUCGGCUCCAAGCUCCACAAUUGGCCGUCAUGUUCUCGGAAUUUCCAAGAGUAAGAACAUCAAUAUCAUAGCUGUUGUGCGAAAAGACGAGCAGAAAAGCCUCUUUAAAGAGAUGGGAGUGGAGCAUGUCAUCUGCGCCAAUUCCAGCAAAGAAGUAUUUGUGGAGCAAGUAAAAAAAAUAACUGGUGAGGGAGGAGCUCAUGCUGCAAUUGAUGGUGUUGGUGCUGAGACGACGAUGAAGCUGGGAGCAUGCUUGAGAGAUGAAGGAGAGCUUUUAAUCUUUGACAACGCAGCAGGCACUGAUUCUGACGACCACGUUAAGAUCAGCUUGGGUGACUUGAAGCGAAAAAUUCAAGUCAAGUGGUGGACACUUACAGAUUACGUGAAGAUACGCAAAGGAAACAGGGAGGAAACACGGGAGGCAAUGACAAAACUAUUCAAUGAAACUUUGAAUCUGUACAAAGAGAAGUUAUUAAUCUUCCCUACUCAUGAAAAAGUCUUCACUUUUGAUGAACUUCCUGAAGCUCUAGACGUAAUUGGGGAGAUUAAAAAUGACUUUCACAAAUGUAAACUAUUAUUGGUCAAUCAUAAAGAAUAAGAGAGACCAUACUUUGGUGACGGUAACAACAUAGAUUUUGAAGGCUGGAGAAUCAAUCCGGUGACAUUGCUCUAUCUUAUUACGGACUCUUUUGGAGCUUCUAUGUUCUCCUGUAUUUGGAAUAUCGUGGUGCAUUGUCCGUGUCAUAUACUGAUCCAUUGCUCAUCACAUUCACUCCAAAUUGUGGAGAGUACGGUAAGAGAACAAUAACAAUUUUCGAAUUGGAUUCCAUCCACAAAUUUACUACAGAGUUUAGGUUCUGGGCGAUGGUACCUGAAACUUGCUAUUUUUAACCCCCAGGAACACACGGUGUUCGGUAAAUUUUAUAUGUUUUAUACAAUAACCAUAGGUAUCGUGCCCCAUACCGGAAACUUCAGGAGUACACUCUCCGGCCUUUUACAUGAAGCAAUAUAUUUGAUGUAUUGAAAUGAGCAU